CUGAGCGACUAGUUCCCAGAGUCUCCUCGGGCAGGAUAUCAAUGGAUAUUAUAAAGGGGAACUUAGAUGGGAUUUCAAAACCAGCCUCCAAUUCAAGAACACGUCCUGAGAGCAGGUGUUCAAAUACUUCUUUGGAGGUGCUCUCACCAGAGCCAGUGUCCUUCAAGAUUGAUACUGCAAUCAAGUUGAACUCUGAUCAAGAGAGCCACUCAGAAAGCAGUAAUUCAGAGGGAAGUAGAAACAAUAAGGAUGAUAAAGGAGAAUAUUACUCUGAGAAUAAUAUAAAACUGGCUAAAGAAGGGUCAGAUGAAGAUUUGAACUUGGUUCAACAUCAGAUAAUUUCUAAAUGUUCAGAUGAACCCAAAUUAAAAGAAUUCGAUUCUCAACUUCAAGAUGCGAUUCAGAAGAUGAACAGGCUUGAUAAAAUAUUGAUGAAGAAACAAUGUAGAGAAAAAGAAGUUAAGAAGCAAGGUCUAGAAAUGAGAAUAAAGCUAUGGGAAGACCUUAAGGUAAGAAUUAUAUAAACACAUGCUGACAUGUAAGAAGCCAUUUCCUCUGUGAUAAGUAAGAAGAGCACAGAC